UUGCAAACUAGAAUCCACUUUCCCCUUUCUUCAUCCAAAACUCCACUCUCUGGCGAUUUUUUUCCCAGGUUCUGCAUCAUGAACUAGAUCCUCGGCUUCAACUAAGGUCCCAAUAUCGGAUCCAAAAGGAAUUCAACUAAAUGGAAGAAAUGUCAGCAAGGAAGAGGAACAACCAACAUCUGCUUCCAAAUGAAGAGAAUGGGAAUAAUCCUCCCAAAAGAAAGAAGGAUGUCAGCAAUGAAGACAACCUCCAGUUGUUUGUUAAAUUUCUGUCUGAACUUAAUGAUACUCAGAAGAACAUAGUUCGAAAACUUGGCUUCGCUUCACUGCUACGAAUCAGCUGUGCCUGCAACAUUGAUGAUAUUUUCAUGUGGCUUGCAUUACAAUUCAAUACUGCAACAUGCACUCUGGAGCUGAGGAAUGGAUUCAAUUUUGAAUUCAACACAUCUAUUGUUCAUAAAAUCCUUGGAAUUCCUGCUGGUGGCUUACCAAUAAAUUCUACACCAACCAAAGAAUGUGUAGAUAUUAUCAAUAACUUUGUACAAUCAUCAGCACCUACUAUAGAGCAUCUUAUUGCGAUGAUUACGGACAACAUUUCCGAAGAAAAUUUCUCUACUAUAUUCUUGCUCCUCGCUAUCUCAAGCUUGAUUGCUCCUAAUGCGAAAGGUUCCCCAUCAAAGAAAUUCUACAGUGCUCUGCAAAACAUUAGUUAUGCUGGCAAAUACAACUGGUGCCUUUCAACUCUAUCCUACCUAGUACAUCAAAUAAAAAAAAUUAAGUCAGGUCAUCACCAGAAGAAGGCAUUUUAUCCUGGAGGAUGCAAACUAAUCUUGGUGGUUGCGCACUUCGAAUUCUUAAUUACUUCUGAAUUCAAGUUCCCUAUCGACAUACUGCCAAGACUCCCAUUGUGGUCAUCUAGCUUGCUAAAAACUUUCACAGCCCUAGACACAAUGCACGGUGUACACCUUCAGUUCGGAAGACUUCCGUUGAAACAUAUUUCAUCAACUCCAUUCAACAAUAUAUCAAAUGAAGGAAUAAACAAACUCCCUACAUGUAUUCUACAGUACAUCAGUUCCAAAUUUCCGUCAAUCUACAACUUACAGGAGAAGGCACUGCUUGAAGAUAUGACCAAGAAAUUUUGGCAAACGAUAAUAUCAAACUCCAUUCCAACAACGGAAAGAUACAUUGAUGAUCUCCAUUCGACAAUCUCCAAGAGUUUCACCCACAUCAACAAUGAAAUGACAGAGUCUGCAAAUGAACAAAUUACAUCCCCGAACAACCACAUUUCAUUACACCAGCAAGCUGAACAAAUCUACUCAAACAAAUACUUCAAGGAUCCAACAACUUUUUUAUCGUCACAUGAUUUCCUGGAUUUCGCAAUGCCUUACAGUAAUCCUCCAAACUGGGAAAAGGAAGAUGGAGAUUCAUCUAUUCAAUGGUUGGACAAGAAAUUCUCACAGUGCCUCCUUUUAGAAAACUCAUCAGGCAUUGAUGACCUGUUUCAGAAAAGGUCACCAACCUUUGAAGAUUUGUUCGUCAUCGAUAAAAUAAAUAAACAAUAUGACUACCCAGAUAUUGAUUUCCUCCAAGUACUCAAAGAUUACAUCUAUACACACACAGAAGCGAAUGGGAUGCAAGAAACAGACAAAAUUGAUUGCACAAAAGAGAAAUUCUGUUUGACCCAAAUGAAAUUCGUUAGACCUAAUCAUAACUGCAGAGAUAGCAAACUGUACUGUUUGCAACAAGGUACGGAUUCAACAACUACGGUUGCCCUAGAUGUUUCCAGGAAUAUGAAAUGCUCGCAAUCAGCACCUCCUACCAGAAGUUUUCCAACCACUCAAAACUACAACCUGGGUAGUACAUCCAAUGCGUGUGAACCACAAAAUUCAGAUAUUGACAUCCCUUCUUUUACCGCUAUAACAGACAGCCUGAAAUUUAGUCCCUAUGCAAGAAGUCCCAAACAAUUACCAAGCAAAUUAUUCACCUCCUAGUUGUUCAUCAAUCCUUCCCAAAACCAACUAUGA